AUGCCACGAUUAUCGUUUCACAGACUUGCACAAAAUCGAUUCGUUUUAUUAACCAGCAUACUCGCCACUGGCGGAUGGUUCGUUGCAUUUGGCGGAGCUGUGGUCCUCAAGGCGUUAUACGGGGCUUGGUGGGUGGUGAUCUAUGAGGCGUUGAUCGUCGCAGGCACCUUGAUGGUUUUCAUGUCCAAUCGCAUGCAGCAUUAUCGAUACUCUUUCCUGACGUUUUUGGGUGCCAGCAUUCCUUUGCUUACAAUCCAAGUUGAUUAUGUCAUUCAAUACACAAAGCCAACUGUACCACGUGAACCUGCCAAUGCAUAUGCAGCCGGCUAUAUUGUCCUUAUCAUUGUUCAGUAUAUGUGGAUAGUCGUUUUCGGCAGCGAUCCCACCAGCUAUUUUGGACAAUUUGGUACAUUAGAACAACCACCCUCAUUAUCGACCAAGGAUGCAGGACAUCAUCAACCACCAACCAUUGUAUACGGUGAAAAACAUCUUGAAGACAUUAGUGUAUCAUCCACGAGCCAAAUCACAGGCAUCAUGGGUCACCAACCGCCACCGCCACCACAAGAUAAUCUUGCGUCUCCAUUACCACCAGCACAUUCAUCGCUUCCAACACCACAAGAAACGGUCAUUCAAUAUCACGAACAAGUGGAGGCACUUCAUGCUUAUACAGCAAAUCCUGAUGAUCCCAACGAAUUGAGCUUCGAAAAGGGUGAAAUUCUUCAAGUUGUUGAUCGUAAGGGCAACUGGUGGCAAGCACGCAAGGCCACGGGUGAAAUCGGCAUCAUUCCAAGCAACUAUUUUGGCCCUGCAACAGGAGGAGUGUCCGGAAACGGUGGUCCAGGAUGUCAACAACCAUAA